GCUCCCCAGGCGCUACAGGCCGCCCCGUUCCUGUCCGGAGCAGAGGCCGGAGCCGCAGCCCGGGGGAGGGACGGUGGUGCAGGAGCCGCUGACGCGUGUUUUGUGCUGACGCUUCUCAGGUGCCCAGUGAUUCACAGAUGGAUUCACUGGAAAAGACAACACACAGAAGUGAACAAAAGUCCAGCAGAAAGUUUUUAAAAAGCCUCAUCCAGAAACAGCCGCAGGAACUGCUCCUGGUGAUCGGCACGGGCGUCAGCGCGGCCGCGGCCCCCGGCAUCCCCGCGCUCUGCUCCUGGCGGAGCUGCCUGGAGGCCGUCAUCGAGACCGCGGAGCAGCUGGACGUGCUGCACCCCGGGGACGCGGCCCAGUUCCGCAGGAAGGUGAUGAAGGACCGGGACCUGCUGGUCGUUGCCCACGAUCUGAUCCGGAAGAUGUCACCGCGGACGGGCGACACCAAGCCCAACUUCUUCCAGGACUGCCUGAUGGAGAUCUUCGACAACCUGGAGCAGCACCUCCAGCACCCGCAGGUGCUGCAGUCCAUCCUCAGCCUGAUGGACCGGGGCACCAUGGUGCUGACCACCAACUACGACAACCUGCUGGAGAUCUUCGGGCAGCAGCAGAACAGGCCCAUGGAGUCCCUGGACCUGAAGGACAAGACCAAGGUCCUCCAGUGGGCACGAGGGCACAUCAGGUACGGAGUGCUCCACAUCCACGGCCUCUACACGGACCCCUGUGGGAUGGUCCUGGACCCCUCGGGAUACAAGGACGUCACGCAAGACCCGGAAGUGAUGGAGGUGUUCCAGAGCCUGUACCGCACCAGGUCCUUCCUGUUCGUGGGCUGCGGGGAGACCCUGCGCGACCAGAUCUUCCAGGCGCUCUUCCUGUACUCGGUGCCCAACAAGGUGGACCUGGAGCACUACAUGGUGGUGCUCAAGGAGAGCGAGGACCACUUCUUCAAGCACCAGGCCGACAUGCUGCUGCACGGCAUCAAGGUCGUGUCCUACGGGGCCUGCUUCGACCACUUCCCGGGGUACGUGCAGGACCUGGCCACGCAGAUCUGCCGGCAGCGGAGCCCAGAUGCCGACCGAGCGGACAGCACCACGCUGGGGAGCGGGUGCCAGGACUGCGCCAAGAGGAAGCUGGAGGAGAACGGAAUUGAAGCUUCUAAGCAGCUCCGGCCCUCAGACGAUGCUGGCGCAUCUUGAAAUCUUUAAAACCGACAAACCUGCAACUUGAAAACCAGCCUCUGUGACCACAGUGCCGUAGCGGACGAUGAGGAAUGUUGGAGGACUCACACGACCUCUCACUGCUGACCGUCAUGUACCCCACGGGAGCCCUGUGGGGUGUGGCCGCGGAGGCGGGGGGACAGUCCCACUGUGUGUCUAACUGCUCGGGGUGAAGCGCACACCUCAGGUAUCCUCCGUGAGGACUGGCGGACAACUACCUCAGGGCCCGACGGCGGGAAGGGAGGGGCCUGGUGCUCCGGGCUCCCCGACACGCCCGUGGUCAGGUGGGCUUUCUAAUAAAGGGGACAGUGGAGACUACAAGCAACAGUAGUUGCCAAAGAGAAAAGAAACUAGACUCUUAAAUUUUAUAAUUUUUAUGCGGAAACAUGUUACCAUAGAAAAAACUUUUAAGGUAUGUUUGUUACGUUGUUAAGUAAAGAACAUUCGAGGUGUUGAAUCUGCCAGUGAGAGUGAUAUGUCUUUUAAAAGAAUGUCUGGAUCAGUAGGGCUUCUUUGGAAUGCUGUAAUUGUAGUAACUUAGUUCCAAAGAAUGGCCGGUCCGUCCCUGAGGCGUUAGAGCGUCCUCACGAAGAACCAGAGGCCUUUUCUUUUUUAUAGAGAGGGAGGGAGGCAGGGAGAAGCAUUGAUUGGUUGCCUUCCGUUAGUACGUUUAAUAGGGAUUAACCCUCACCCUUCUGCCCAGGAUGGUGCUCUAACUCACUGAGCCGCCGGCCAGGGCAGAGGGCCUUCCCAGCGGUGCAGUGCGGGGCGGGGCAAGUCCGCCUUGAGGCUGAUGACUGAGAAGUUACGAGUGGAGCAGAGCAGGUUUUAAACUUGCAGUUAGAGUAUCCCAAGCUUUCCAAGUCUCUCACCUCCCAGCGUUCUCUGCCAUGGCACGUGACGGGGCACAGCGUGAGGCAGGCAGGCCUGGGGAAGGGGCUGCCGCACCCGUGUCUUGCUUCCCCGCUGUCAGGUGCUCAGCUGCUGGCAAUGCUGGGGCAGAGGGUGCAGAGGGUGAGGUGGGUGGUUGCUCUGUGACUGGCAAAGGCCCUGCUCAGUCUGCUUUAGAGGCUGCCUACUUUCAUGUGACACUUCUUGCCAAGCAUGAUGACACUCCCCACUGAUGGCGCUGGAGCUCCCACAGGCACAAAGAACUAGAAAUGUUAGGUUGGGACGUGUAGGCAGAGAUGAGCUGGACCUGCUAAGACCUUUGCUUUCGAAAGCAUGAAAAACAACUCCUUUAUGCUACUCUGGUCAUAAAACUUUCACUUCAACUCUGUGUGCUCAACUUUUCUCCAGUUAUGACAAGGCUUGUUUUAAUUUAUUCAAUGAGGAUUUUUACCAUGAGUUGCCACUCAGCUGUGAAAUCAAGUGAUUACUUGAAUGUGUUUAGUGUUUGAAAAGCAAACAUUAGACAUUGUUUUUUUAAAGACUCACAAAAGUGCGAUCAGGGAUGGAUGUGUCUGAAGGUUGGGCAGACACGGGAAAGUGACGUGGAAGGAGGGAAGCCUGGAAGUGUGGCAGGGCCCCGCUCAGGACCAGCUCCGAGUGCCACUCCGAGUGCCAUGCCAGGGCGGAGGCCUUGCCGUGAGGAGUGAGCCUGUCUGUAGUCAGUUCUGCCGUAACGCUUGUGUAAAAUGCAGACUUAAAGCAACAUGACUGACGAAUGAGGAACAGUUUGCGCCCACCUGCUUUGCUUAUGUAAGGCUCUGUCCGUGGGAAACUAGGUCAACUACCCUUCCACCACUGGACCCGGCGAUGCCCACUACACAAGCCGACUUCUGGGCAUUUUCAAGAUAAAGUGCCACGUGUGCUAUAUUUGUGUGGUUCUUAACCAUGUAAUGUGUGUAAACUAGCUGUUAUCAGGUUCCUAUUUUGUUUUUGGAGUGUGGUGUUCCAGCCCGCUUCCUGUUGCGUGGUGGUUUGCAUAGAAGGUGGUUUCAGGAACGCGAGGAUGCUGCCUGAGGACCUGCUGCCUGAGUCCAAGUUAUGAGAACGGGCAGCCCAGGAAGAGGAAGGGGCCACAGCUCUGAUGGCACUGAAGGGACAUGACAGUGUUCAGCUGAUGUCUUUCAAGGCAGGAAAGUCGGAGAUUGAGGUGCUAUUGCCGGCACUGAAACAAGGAACACAGGGAGGCCGAGUGGUCUCUGUUGUCCAGUUCACAGAGGAGCUGUGAGCAGGGAGCAAGGCUGUGACUUCACGCCUGGCACAGCGCGUCCUGUAUAUGCAACGUGAGUGUAGUUUGAAAGCGAGUCCGCUACUUCAGGAGCUACCCCUUGGUGGCACCUGGGCCCCACGCAGUCUCCACUAGACAGCAGCACCUCCGAAUGUUCUGUCCGUCCUGAGAGGGAAGUAAAGUCCUGCUGACUUUCUUUCCCACCUGGAACAAUGCACUGACAUGGCAAAGUCCGUUGUUACUUGGGAAAGUCUGUUCAUUUCCUUCUGAACAGAAAUUACAUUUAGAAAAUGCAGAUUGCAUUAAGCGGACAUAAUUCAGUUUCACCUUAAAAUUUUUGUUUAUAAAACUGUAAAUUGGAAACAUUUGAAAUUAGAAUAUUUUUAUUGAUAUUUUCAUACAUCAGUUCCUCUGAAAUAAUUUCUCAAAACCCAGGUUCAACACCCGAUAACUAGGAUAUUCAGAAACCAAGACUAUCCUUUAAACGUUCCUUCAGUGGACAAGGCAAGACCAGAGUGAAGAUGGAGAAUUCAAAAUUUUUCUGGCUGGGCUUCAAAAUGGAACGUGAAACUAUGGUAACAAAAUUGUACCUUUUUUUUAAUCGUUCAAAGCUAACUCUUCCAGGAAACUUUCCCUAAGGGAGCGGGAGCGGGGCCUAAACACUCCGAACGGAAGUGAGCAGCAGCUCCUUUGCUGGUAACGGUUCAGCUUUCUCAGAUGGCACUCAGGCUGGCUGGCUCCAGAAGUUGGUUACUCAACAGUUUGAACACUAGAGUGAGAACUGAACAGUGAUGACCUGACCACAGCUAACUCAUCCGCUCUGAGAGCCGGCAGCUGCGCCGGGGCGCUCGGACCCUAGCGGGACUCUCGCUGUCUCCUGCUGCCUUCUUCGCCUUCAGUGUCUGGAUACUGAGAAAGAUCUAAAGUCAGAACUCGGCUGAACAUGUAGUCAUCGUGCUGAAAUGGAGAGCAGACAGCUAAGUUAGUCCUUCUACGAAAGAAAAGGUGCUAUUAAGCCUAAAACAAGAGCCAGUAGUGAAUCUGGACUUGCAUUUGAAAGGAAACGUAUGGUAUGGCCACUCAGAAGGUAUCAAUGGCUUGCAUUUACAUCAGCUUUAUUAGCUCAUUUCUGUAUGACCUGGACAGGGUAUCAGGAUGUGCCACGCCAAAAUAUGGCUCUGGCAUAUGGACUGUUGGAGCUACUGAGAUGCAGGAAAAGCUCUAAACACUGGCCACAAGUCCCGCUUUUCUAAAUUCACACCUUCCCUACUCUAACGACUGCUGUCAACGAAAGGCACCUGUGUGAUCUGCAGAGCAAACCUGGCUUGUUCACCUGCUUUCCUGGUCACCUUCCACCUCUCCCCCCGCUCCCCCCGCUCCUUUCCUCACUUCAGCCUAAGACUGGAGAGGAGCCCAAGUUCUGGCCACCCCUUUGGGUUACUCGCCAUGAUGCUCCUGCUUGCUUUGCUGUCUUGCCAGUCUGAUUUACAGGCCCAGCCAGAGCCGCUAUGGUGGGCAGACUGUUUAGAUUGUUUUCCUCCCUCACCCCGUGUGAGAAUUUUCAUUUCUCUACUGCAGCAUCUCUCCAGUGGUCCCCUAACAAUUUGUAGGCACAGGAAGGGAAAUUUUUAUCUUAGCAACUCAUUGUCCAAAAAUGGAAUGAUCAGAAAUCCUCCAUUACCUCGAGUAUUUUGAAUAGCUUAAGAAAGAUUUGUUCACUUCUAAAAGUUACUAUACAACUUGGAACUUUCAGUCAAUUUCUUUGUUUUUCCCUCUGGUAUUUUUGGAAGAUAAAUGGUUCCUUAUUAGUUCUACCACAAUGAUAUUUGCUUUUGCCUAAAACAUUCAAACAUUACAGAAAUAGGAAUACAAUAUUCUUACUUUGUGUAAAUAUGCUCUUAUUUUAUAAAGAAAAUUCUGUAAUUUUCAAUUUGCCUUUUCAGAUCUUAAAUCUCUUUGUACUGUCACAGAAAAAUACCUGAAUAGUUACUUUUAAUCUUAUUUAAUUAAAAAAUAAUGUAAGCCUGUAGUUAUCACUGCAGAAACCCAGCAGUAUCUCCAGUCUCCAGGAAGAAAGGACGGGAAGGGUGCUCAUCUUUACCUCUGGGUAGAUGCCGAUCAGGGCGUCAGCCUUGGCAUAGAACUCCUCCUUGAGGGAGAUGAUUAUCAUCUGAAACUGUUCUUGAGUCUGCUCUUUGAUGUAACUCGCUACCUGGGAGGAAGGAAAAAGCACACACUUCACCAGCAAGGAAGGCUCGUUUCUGGGCCUGGGGACAGUGAUUCUGCGGGCUGUUUGCCCGUUUAGGUGACAGAACUUACUGCCUCCCUGGUAAUUUGGUAAACCCACUCCAACCACAGAAAUAGCUCGGAGUCUAAAAUAAGAGGUUAGGAAAGAUACCUCUAAACCUAUGAUCUAAAACUUUAAGAAUAUUUUUAAGGAUAAAAUUCUACCUUAUCUACAAUAUGGUAUAAAUAAAGCCUUUAUUAACAGUAUAAGAACUACCACUCAGAUAUUUUAUGAGGGUGAAGAAGGGCUGGUAUUUAAACUUCCAACUUCCUAUUUUGCCAACUCAAAGCCUGAAAGAGGGAAGCCAUGGCAAUGCUGUAUUCAUGACCCAGUCAUGUGGGGGGAGGUGGCUUCUUCAGGACGGUUAGUGCCCAGGACCGAGCAGAACAGAAUAGUCUGCACAGAAAUGGGUCUUAGUGAGCACCUGCUCAGAGCCUGGAGGGUGGUGACCUAGGACCCAAGCCACAGCUCACUGAGACGCUUCCAGCUCCCGCUCUCCCUGCCUGGAGGGGGCUUCUCCGUGUGCCCUGGUCCUGGCUGCACCGCGAUGCUAAGGACGCAACGCCGGAGGCAGGAAAGGUGAGCUUCAGGGAGGAGUGAGUCACUAGGGAGCUGAACCCUGAGGAGGGAAACUGCUUUUGACUCAGAGAAGGAACUCCAGCUUGAGGGGCACAGUAGUCAUCCCGAUGCAGGACUGAGUCCCAGGAUACUGACCGGACGGAAGAGGGAGGAUGCAAAGACGCAGGGCGUGCGUUUUGCCUGCAGAGUUGCCUGGGUAAGGGUUGGGCAACCUGAUCACAAGCAGCGGUGGAGCUGCUGCUUAGCUGUUCAUACUACAAAACUGCCCCCUGAGGGCGCAGUGGGGUGCCAGGAGCGCACACCCCUACGGGAAACUGGAAGCAAAGAGGCUUUUAAUACACAGGACAGGUGAUGACAGGUCUUAUGUUAGACCUAGUACCAGGGGAUACCAUGAAUACCCCUGAAUUUUGCAAGAAGAUACGGACAUCCUAAGUGCCACUGAAGAUGCAGCCUACCGAAAUAAGACGUCCCCUCACCCCCCUAACAGAAGAGGGGACACAAAGUGCCCACAUGCAUCAAAGGGGCGAUUUCUCCCAAAUGAGGUGGGCCUGGAGUCCAGGCAGCUGAUGCGGACUGGUUGGCAUUCGAGGUGUUCUCUGUUCCUAGCAUUCUUCUCUCCGACAGUCUCGCAGGGCACAGCAUGUGGCUCUUGCCUAUCCCCCACAAGGUCCAGGGACCAGUGUGGGUCUGAAGUUGUGCUGUUCUAUGUCCACUCUGACAUGUCCAGGGAGCAGGCUCCCAGAGAGGUGGGUUAGACGAGUGCCCCUUGGGAAUGCUGAGGCAACCUUCAUGCCACUCGAAGGUGCCUCAGACUGCAGCUCCUGGAAGUCCUCACUCCCAAGCCUUCCAGAGAGACUCGGAAGAGAAGUCAGGGAGGUCAGCUUCAGAGACUCAGAACCUGAGUGGCACCCCAAGAUCAGGUGCAUCUCUCAAAGGGGGACUCUUUAACCAAGCUCACAGGACUAAGGUGUAAACCAGGGUGCCAGUUUACAUCGGUCGGCAGGACCAGGGCAGCCUCCUGGUCAACCAGCAGCUGUGAAUGCAAAGCCCAGCCGCUUCUGGAGGAAGGACGCGCCUGGAAGGAGAAGCAGGAGUCUCGUCAUCCAUCCUCAGAAGUGGGUUUUCUCUGCAGGAAGGAGUCUGCGGGCCAGAGGGACCCCUCCCCUGGGGAGUGAUGGGUCCUGCCAGUAUUUGCCUCUGUCCUUUGGCCAUGCGUCCAUGGUUGAACCACUCUCAUGUCAAGAAGUGUGGCCUGAGAGCCUCUCCAGGUGGCUGUGUGUCUAUGCACUGAUCGUCAAGGCUGACCUGAGACUGGACUCUCAAGAGCUAGCUGUUUCCUUAGUCCCUCGUUGUCUUAAAUACUGAAAACAUGAUCCCGCACAAGUGCAGCCACUGGAUAAAUGUUAAUAAGUAUAAGGGGGGGGGGGUACAGUUUUGAACUUCAAUUCUGACAUUUUAGUUAGAGAUGUUAGUUUUGGGCUUUAUUAAACUGAUUUGGUCCUGUUCGCCACGGGCCCUAUUAGUGACCCUAAGGUCCCAACCUCUAGAUCAGGAGAGGCUCGCACCGCAAUCUUCCCUCAACUCCAUGCAGAUUCCCCAACUCUGAGGCUCCCCUAAAUCUUGAAUGGAUCCCCCUGAACCAUGUUGCUUGUAGAUAUUGAAUUUAGAUUUGAUUUUUAACCAACAGUUAUCGAACAAUUUUUGCUCAGGGUACACUGAAUUCCAGGCGUCUUGUUGGAAAUUAAAUGCAGAAAGAAACUUACUUUGCCGAUGUUCGUAUUGUCCAGGGCUGCAUCCACUUCAUCCAGAACAAAGAAUGGAGCAGGCCGGAAACUGGAAGAAAUGAGAGGUUACCACUUCCCAUUGGUUUUACAAAGACUCAGAGGAGAGGAUUAACCAGAUGCAGAUACAUCCUCUUGGAUGCUGGAGUCUAGGUCACCAAUGAGCUGUACAUUGCUAAAUCCAAUGAUCAAUUCUCA